AAUCUAACGGACAAGAAUAAUAACAAGCAAACCCUAGAAAAGAAAAGGCAUAUCUCCCUUCCUCCGCCGUAUAAAAAGCAACCACUCGCUGACUUCUCUCUCUCUCCCCUUAGUUUUUUUCAUUCCCAAUAAUCUCUUGUCUAUCUCGAACAUAAUAACAUCAUGUCUGACGAAGAGCACCACUUCGAGUCCAGCGACGCCGGAGCUUCCAAGACCUACCCUCAGCAGGCUGGUAACAUCCGUAAAGGUGGUCACAUCGUCAUCAAGGGCCGUCCUUGCAAGGUUGUUGAGGUUUCGACUUCGAAGACUGGCAAGCACGGUCACGCCAAGUGUCACUUUGUUGCUAUUGAUAUCUUCACUGCUAAGAAGCUUGAGGAUAUUGUUCCCUCUUCCCACAAUUGUGAUGUUCCACAUGUGAACCGUGUUGAUUACCAGCUGAUUGAUAUCUCUGAGGAUGGCUUUGUUAGCCUUUUGACCGACAGUGGUGGCACUAAGGAUGACCUCAAGCUUCCCACCGAUGACAAUCUCAGCGCUCUGAUGAAGAGUGGAUUUGAGGAGGGAAAGGAUGUGGUGGUGUCUGUCAUGUCUUCAAUGGGAGAGGAGCAGAUCUGUGCCGUCAAGGAAGUCGGUGGUGGCAAGUAAACAACCAAGUAUCAUUCUCUCUACACGGAGGAUAAUCUUAUUUCCCCAGUUGUUAUAAGAACAAAAACAUGUUUUUCCCUUUUCUCUAAUUUGGACCAUUUCUGUGUUUCACUUGUUGCUACACAACCAUUAUCCUAUUGGUUUUGGAUUGUUUAAAAGCUCGGUGUUUUAAACAAAUGACAUUCUUAAUCUCUAUUCCUAUUAUCGUUAA